AUGCCCCAGAAACGCAGGAAACUUGCUUCAACUACUGUCCAAAACACUACCAACGAGCCUUCUGCAGGAUACCGCGCUGCGUCUACUAGCGAUGACGGCCCCUCAGAGCCAGAGACAUCUCGUUUUUCAGCGAAGGGCGGGGACUUUCCACCGGAGGAAGUGAUUCCCGAAGAGAGCGAAGAGCUCUUCCGAGAUCCGGAUGAAGAAACGCCCGAGGAAUCUAUGCAUACGAUCGCUGAUACUCACGAGGACAAAAGGACAACGAGCCGCGGCUUGGAGGGAGGAUACAACGCGUUGAAAUCCUACAAAGGCCAAUACUACUCUGGAAUGGCGGUGGGAGGCUCGCACAUCUGGAACUACGACCAGGGAGUAUGGAAAGAGACGAAAGAAGAACCCAAUCUUUGGAAGAUUGAUUAUAGGACGAAGAAGAGACGGGAGAAGAAAGCCCCCCAGGGCAGCGGCGCCCCCGUUGGCACCGAGUACCAUUGGCUUAUUGUUGGCCACCAGUUUGUUAAGAAGGUCGAUGCCAACACAUACGAAACUAGUCUCACGGGGUCCAAGUAUAAACUAGCGUAUAAAGCGACGACUUCGAAUUCCUGGUCUGUGCCAACAGUCAAGAAACAGCGCGAGCGAGAGAUCGAGCUCCUCGAAGAUGCAAAGUUGCGUGUCCGGGGGCUGCCACCCGUAUUGGCAUCGGAGAAGGUCAAAGUUGAAAAACACGAGAGGGGCCAAACAAAGCUAGAUUCCAUAUUCAGUCGCGUGGAAAGUGCUGUCCAUAAAAGGAAAGCUGAGCAGUGA